GCUAAGAAACUAUCAAGCCGCACGCAGAUAGAUACACACAGGCGAUUAGCGACUGAAUAUAGAUAUAGAUAUAGAGAGAGAAAGUUAGAAAAUCUAGAGAGAGAGAGAAAAGAUGUCAUCGUCGUUCGAUACCUUCAGCGUCGACGGCGAAGAAUCAGCAACGAUCCAAUCAUCCACCGGUCAAUUCGAUGAAAAUUACUUCGACAACAGCAGCACCGCCGCCGAUACGACGCCGUAUCAGUUCCCCGCCGACGGUGAAUCAGUAGACAGUCCAGAUCCGUACGGAUUCGAUUCGCAUCAGGAUCCGGAUCCUUAUUCUCAACCGCCUCAGUCAUCUUCACCGUUUGAUUCAUCAACAUCGGUCCCGAUCUCUAACGGUGUGAAUCAGGAUUACGAUGACGGUUUAUUCAGUUCAGAUGGACCUAUCCUUCCACCGCCUAGUGAGAUGCGUGAAGAAGGUUUUGCUCUUCGUGAAUGGCGUCGACUUAAUGCACUCCGUCUUGAGGAGAAAGAGAGCAAAGAGAGGGAAUUACGGAGCCAGAUCAUCCAGGAAGGUGAAGAUUAUAUUAGAGCUUUUCAUGAAAAGAGACUGAAAAACAUUGAGACCAACAAACUCACCAAUAGAGAGGGCGAGAAGAUGUAUGUAGCAAAGCAAGAAAAAUUCCACAAAGAAGCUGAUAAACAAUACUGGAAAGCGAUAGCCGAGCUGAUUCCUCGCGAGGUUCCAAACAUUGAAAAGAGAGGUAAGAAGGAUAAAGACAAGAAACCAUCCAUUACGGUGAUUCAAGGACCCAAGCCUGGAAAACCCACAGAUCUCUCAAGGUUGCGUCACAUCUUGGUGAAGCUCAAGGUCACCCCACCUGCUCACAUGGUUCCACCACCACCACCUGCUGCUGCUAAAGACGGAAAGGAAGCCAGCAAAGAUGGGAAAGUAGUUGCUAAGGACGGAAAGGAUGCAGCCGCGUCAACUAGCGAAACAGUAGCUGCUAAAGAUUCUGCCUCAAAUGGUACUGAAGCUCCAGCUGCAGCAGUUGAACAAUCUGCUGCUUGAAUCCUAAAUUUUCUUUAAUAUAAAGAUUUUAGGUUAGCUCUCAGUCUAAGAACGUAUAAUUUUCGUUGGUGUGGAUUCAGAGGAUUAAUUUUCAUAAUCAACUGCAACAUGUUGCUUGUUUACAGAUAACUGUUAUUGUGUUUCAAGUAUGUUAUUACCUUUGGUGUAAGAAGAGCUGUUUAUUUUGAUUAUAUGAUGAUGUUAAUGGUU